AUCCCGCUGCUAGCAGCAGCACACGCGCGCAGCACAAACUGUUAGAAGCUGUCUGCACCAAACACCGACUCGUCAAUCGUCUAUGGGCCGUGCGGUCCAUUUGUCAUCCUCUCAUUGUAACAAUUCAUGAAUUAGGCAGGACAUGCCAUGGCGGACGGCACGGAAAAGGAGGAACCCGAGCGGAAAGGUUCAAUGCCGCCGCGCUUGCUUGCCAACGAGCGCUGUGCAUUUUGCGGCCAGGAUCAAAAGGCCUGUGAUGGCAGUCUGGGUGCUUUCCUGGGCCCUAUCGAGGAUGGAAACCGAAACAACGUCUUUGUGCACCGGUUCUGCGCCCUGUGGAGCUCCGAGGUGUACCACAGCUCCGACGGCACGACGCUGCUGAACGUCGGCAAGGCCAUCCGCCGGGGGCGGCAGCUGCGCUGCGGCCUGUGCGGCGAGCGCGGCGCCACGCUGGGCUGCCGUGUGGAGCGCUGCAACACCUCCUACCACCUGCACUGCGCCAAAGCCAGCGGCUGCUUCUUCAACAUAGCGCGCUUCCUCAUCGCCUGCCCGCGACACGCGCACCUGUACAAGAAGGAGCAAGAGGAGGCGCGCAAGAUGGGCCUGCCGAGUGGGCCGGAGGGGCUGCAGUCCGGGGAGCGAAACCGCCGGCGGCACGACGGCGGCGGUGGCGGUGGCGCGGCCGCUGCUGGCGCCGGGGUGGAGGCCGCGGCGGGCGCCGGGCACCGCAGCAGCAAACGUCGCAGAAUUGACUUCAAUGCCAUCGGCCGGCACAUGGCGGUGGCGGCGGCGGGCAUGGCGGCGGCGCGGCGCGCGCACGAGGUGGCGGCGGCGGAGGCGGACGACGACGAGGCGGCGUUUGCGGUGAAGGAGCGGCGGCGCUACGCCAAGGACACGGCGCGCCUGGCGCCCGUGAUACUGGGAGGCGGGGGCGGAGGAGCGGGCGGCGGCGGAGGAGGAGCAGUAGCAGGAGGAGGAGGAGGAGCAGCAGCAGGGGGAGCUGGAGGAGGAGCGGGUGUAGCAGCGGCUGGGGUUGGGACCGGGGCUCUGGUAACGGCAACAGCAGCAGCAGCAGGAGGAGGGCCAGCGAUGCCUGUGGCGGCGCCUGCGCCUCUGCCGGCUGCUUACCGGCGCGGGUUCGAGGCUUUGGGCGGGCUGGGCCCGGUGGUGUGUGCGCUGCGCGAGAUGGUGUUGCUGCCGCUGCUGCGCCCCGGGCUGUUCGAGCGGCUGGGGUUGGCGGGCGCGGCGCCGCCCAGGGGCAUCCUGCUUCACGGGCUGCCUGGCACCGGCAAGACGCUGGCGGUGCGGGCUCUGGCGGGCGAGGUGGCUCGUGCCAGCCCGGUGCCUGUGGCGCUGUUCGCGCGGGGCGGCGCCGACGUGCUGGGCAAGUACCACGGCGACGCGGAGCGCACACUGCGACUGCUGUUCGAGGAGGCCCGGCGCCGCGCCCCCGCCAUCAUCUUCCUGGAUGAGCUGGAUGCACUGGCGCCCAGGCGCUCUGUGUCGGGCACGGGCGGCGCCGACCAGAUCUACGCCUCCGUGGUGGCCACAUUGCUGGCGCUCAUGGACGGACUGGCGGACAGGGGGCAGGUUGUUGUGAUCGGCGCCACCAACCGGCCCGACCACCUGGACCCCGCACUGCGCCGCCCCGGCCGCUUCGACCGCGAGCUGGGCUUCGGGCUGCCCAGCAGCGAGGAUAGGCUGCAGGUGCUGCGGGUGCACACGGCCGGCUGGAGCCCGCCGCCGCCGCCGGGGGUGCUGCAGCGCGUGGCGGCGGCCACGGAGGGAUAUGCAGGCGCGGACCUGCAGGCGCUGUGCUCCUCCGCGCUGCUGGCCGCCGUGCGCCGCAGCGUCAGCGCCGCCGGCACCGCUGCCGCGGCGGCGGCCGCCAGUGGUGGUGCCGGCGGCGGCGGUGGCGGCGCCUCCGCACUCGAGGCCCUGGUGCAGCGGCGGGCGGCGCUGCAGGAGCGGCGGCGUCUGCGGUGUCUGCAGCGGCAGCAGCGCGAGCAGCGGCUGCGGGCGGAGCAGGAGCGGCAGUGGCAGCAGCAGCAACAGGCGGAGGCGGAGCGGCAGCGGGAGGCGGAGCGGCGCGAACGGGAGAGGCAAGCGGCGGCAGGCCUGCGGCAGUUGGAGGCAGUGGAGGAGGGGCAUGAGCGCAAGGGCACCCAUGGCGGCAGCGGCAGUGGCGGUAGUGGCGGCGGCGAUGUGGACAUGGAGGAGGCCGCCGGCUCGGAGGCAGCAGACCUACUGGGGGCGCAGCCGCAGACACAGGCACAGGCUCCUGCACAGGCUCCGGCACAGGCACAGGCUGCGGCUGGCGCUGUUGUGGACAUCCACGCGGACAGCCAAAUGGAGGAGGCGGAGGCGAAUGCCGCUGCGCCGGGUGUAGCGGCGGGUGCUCGGCACGAAGCCGGCGAAGCUGCGGGCGGGGAUGGUGCGGGGGGUACGGGUGGCGAUGCGGACGCCUGCGGCGGUUCGCCGGCGGCUCCGCCGCCUGCAGCCCCUGCAGCCCGGCGGGGCUUCGCCUCCCUGCUGCGGGGCUUUGGAGCGCUGUACGACAGCACUGUUGCGCCGGCGCCCGCAACUGGGCAUGACGCUGCAGUUGGAGGUGCAGCUGCAGGUGAAACGGCCGCGGCGUCCGAUCCCGCGCGGCGUGCCGCGGCUGCAGCUGUGCCGCCGAGUGGUGCUGCCCGGCCAAGCGGUGGUGGUGCUGAUGCUGGUGUUGGUGCUGGUGCUGGUGCUGGUGCUGGUGCUGGUGCUGGUGCUGGUGGGUUGUCAGUGCCGGCGCAGCAGCAGGAGCAGCAGGGCCCGGCAACGGACACGCAGCAGGUGGCACCGGGGCCAGGCGCCGCUGCCGCUGAGGCAACGGCCGUCAAAGACCAGGCCAAGGUGCCGCUGCCGCCGCUUCCCGAGUUGUUGCCACAGCCUGGCGCGCAAGCGCUGGCACCGCUGCCGCCGAUCCGGACCGUUGGCAUAGCGGCAGAUACAGCCGCUACAGCCACCACAGCCGCUGCCACCACGACCACAGCCCUGGAGCUGGAUUGUCUGGACGAGGAAGAGGAGCCGGAGGGGCAGGAGGACGACUGGAUGGCAUGUGUGCGCGUGGAGGAGCAGGACUGGCUGUCGGCGCUGGCGGCAGCGCCGAAGCCCUGCGCGCUGCGCGAGGCCGCCGCCGCCAUGACGGCGGUGCUGCCGCUGCCGCCACCACGGCACGUGGCUGCGCUAGUGGCGCCGUCGGCGGCUGAGGCGAUGGCGCAGCUGGAGGCCGCAGGCGUGGCGGUGGGUUCGGCCGCGCUGCGGGCCUCUGCUGCCGCGACCACGGCUGCUGUUGCGGCAGCGGGCGCUCUGGCGGGGACUGGGCUGGAGGAGGCGGCGGCGGGUGCGGUGGCGCGCUUCUUGGACCAGCUGGCGGCGGCGGGGGUGGUGCAGCAGCUGUCGACAGCUACUCGUGCCGGUGCUGCUACUUACGCCGCGGCGCCGCUGGCAGCGUCAGAUGGCCAUGAGCAGCUCCAGAAGACUGCUGAUGUUGCGGGUCGGGAGACGGCAACAGCAGCUGAGGGCAGCGGCCUGGCGCCCUGGGCCCCGCUGGUGUCAUUGCAGCUGCAGAGCGCGCUGACGGGGCCGCGGCCGCCGGCCUGCCACCUGCUGCUGUGCGGCGCGGGCGGCGGCGGCGGCCAGGACGCUGUGGCCGCGAUGCUGCUGCGCCUGCUCAGUAACCCCAGCUCCGCAACUGCCGGCUUAGGCGGCGGCGGCAUCGCUCCUGCCAGCAUACACACGAUCAACCUGCCCGCAAUCGUGCUGCGAUCGGGUGGCGGCGGCGGGGAUAGCAGCGGCGUCGGAGGCUUCGGGGGCGGCGGCAGCAGUCGUGGCCGUGGCGGCGGCUGCGGUGACGACAAUGAUGCGGCGGCGGAGGGCGUGGCGGCGCUGGUGGCGGAGGCACUUGCGGCGGGCGCCGGCCAGCGGGCCAAUGGCGGUGGAAGUGCUGGCGGCAGCCUGGCGGCCCCGCCGCCGCUGCGAGUGCUGUUCCUGCCGGCCAUUGACACCUGGGCUCUGGAGCAGCGCGUGACGCUUGCGGCAGCGCCGGCAGGGGCAGCAGCGGCGGCGGCGGAGGCUGGCGGGAUGGACUUCAACGCUGUGUCGGAUGACGAGUCGCCGUCCUCAUCGGGUUCGGGCUUGGACUCAGACUCAUCCGAUGAUGACGACGACGACGAGGAGGAGGAGGCGGAGGAGGGCGGGGGCGAGCGGCCGCGGCAGCCGGGCUCUGGGCGGGGCAGUGGCGGGCUGAGGCUGGUGACCUACAGCCGCACCUGCGCCAGCCUGGCCUGGGGCGUGCUCAUGCAGCAGCUGUCGUCAGCAGCGGCGGCGGCGGCCGCAGGUGGUGGCGGCUGGGGCGCGGGUGCGGGCGCAGCCGCCGGGCCGGCGCUGCUGGUGCUCGCCACAUGCGGCCACCGCGCCUGCGACCUGCCGGAGGAGCUCCUGACGUUCUUUGGGGGCGGCAGCAGCAACAACAGCAACGGUAGUGGCAGCAGUGGCGACAACGGGACUGCGGCUGCAGACGGCGACGGCUCCGCCGGGCCCCUGGAGGCCGCUGACGGAGGCAUGGCGGCGGCUGAGGCGGCCAUGGCCGCCGCCCGUGCCGCCGGCCUCUUUGCGCCCUGGGGCUCCGGGGCGGCGGGGCUGCCGCCGUCGCCGCCACGGCCACCGUCCGGGCUGAGUGCGGCGGCACUGCAGCCCGCCAAGGUGCCGGUGCCGGCGCCACUCGCGUCCAGGCACGUGAUUGAGGUGGCGGAUCCGGGGGUGCCGCCUGUCGCGGCGGCCGCGGCCGUCGACGCGGCUGCCGGGGCGCUGGCGGAGGCAGCCCGUCUGGCGCUGGAAGCCGCGGCGGCGCAGCUGCAGCCGCCACAGCCGGUCAGCCCCGCCGGCCCUGCCGAAGCUGCGUCCGCCGAGGAGCCGUCCUUCAGUGGCGGUGUGCAGCGCGCGGGUCUGUCUGCACGGCUUGCGGCAAUGGCGGCCGGCGGCAGCAGUCCGGCGCGGCAGCGGCGCGGCACGCCGGCGCCGGCCGCGACGGGAGGCGGCUUCGGAGGCGGGGGCGCGGGACUCAGCGGCCGGGGCGCGGGCUCAGGGCAGCUGGCGCCGCCGCCGGCUCCGGGCUUGGGCCUCAGUUCUGGUGGGCAGCUGAACACUGCUGAGAUGGAGCGGGGGCGCAAGCUGCUGCUGCAGGCGCAACAAACAGUUCGGAGCAUCGCCUCCGGCAUGCUCCGCCGCCGCAGUGGCUGCCAACUGGCACGAGCCAACAUCCGCGGCGGCGCAGCCGCCGCGCUGGCACUCCUGGCCGCUGGAGGCGGCACCUCUGGGUCCGGCUCUGGCCCCAGCCCGUGCGCUUCUUCUCGAGCCUUGGAUCCAAUUAUGUACGGCAUUGUGCCCUCGAUUCCGGAACCAGAUCCUGGGGCUGCUGCAACUGUGGCCGGCGGUGGUGGUGGUGGUGGUGGUGGCGGCGGUGCGGAGGGCGCAGGGGCGGGCGCUGCGGGUGCAGCCGCACAGGGCGGCGGUGAGCGGCGGCGGCGGCGGCGCGAGGACGCGGUGGCUGUGUCCCUGGCGGCGGUGGCGCAGCACGCGUUGGAAGGCCGCAUACACACGCUGGACCAGUUCAAGCGGGCGGUGCGGCAGACCGCAGAGCUCAUCCGCGCAGCCCGCGGCGCCGAGCCGGCGGCCGCAUCAGCCGCCGCCGCCGCUGCCGGCACCGGCGGCGGCAGCACGGGUGCGGGCUACAGCCGCGCGGCUGCUGCGGCGUCUAUGUGGGAGGACCAGGCUAUAGCAGCGGCGGAGGUGGCGGAGCGAGCGCUGGGGCUGGACGAGGGCGGCGGCGAGGGCCGGCGGCUGAUGCUGGCGGCGCUGGCGCACUAUGCGGCGGCCGGUGGAGACCCGGCGGCGUGGCGGCCUGGCGGCGGCGGCGGCGGUGCUGCUGGUGCUGGUGCGCUGCCUGCGCCAGCGGCAGUGGAUGGCCUGGGAGCGGUGGGCUCACCGACCCGGGCGGCCCGGCUGCGGGGUGCUGGCGGCAGCGGCGGCGGCCUGUCAGGUACACCCUCGCGCCUUGCCGCUGCCAGCAAUGGUGCCGCCGCCGGCGAUGGCACGCCGCGCGCGGCACUGGCCGCCGCAGCUGCCGCCGCCUUGUUCGGCUCGGGGGCGCGCGGCUCGCCGGUGCCGCCGCAGCACACGGCUGGCGGCGGCGGCGGCGUCAGCCGGCUUAGCAGCUUGAGCGCCUGGACGGCGGCGGAGGCGGCGGAGGCGGCGGCGGAGGUAGCUGUUGAGGUGGCGGCGCUGGCGGAGCCGCCGGCGCGGACUGGCCUGCCUUGCUCCCCUGCGGAGCUGGCGGAGGCAGUGGUGGAGCAGCUGCGGAGCUCGGGGCAGCUGCGGGGCGCAGUCGCGGCCGGCUGUAGCGGCGCUGCGGUGGCGGCAGUAGCGGGCUCGGGUGCACGGGCCAGGGGCGAGGCGGGUGUGGAGGGGGCGGUGGGCGUGUUUGAGGAGCACGUUCGAGCGCUGGUGGCGCGCGUGGUCAUUGCCGCAGCACAGGCGGUGCCAGGCGCGUCGGCGGCAAUGGCAGGCAAUGCGGAUGGUGGGCUGGCCCGGGACCGCGAGGGCCUGGUUGACACGAUCGCAGAUGCGCUUGUCGCCGCCUUGAGCAGCGGUUGAGGCCGCCCCGCUCCACCGUCAGAGUCUGUACGGGAGGAUGCGACCUCCGCAAGCUCGUUAGACGACUGGGCGUACAUGUAAUUCUGCAACCCC